AGGAAGUGCUGUCACGGACCGGGCUGGCCAGCGCUUUCUGUCGGCGGGUGCCGAGCCGGGAUCGCCGCCAUGAGCAAGAUCUCCAAGUUCUUCAAGGGGGGCGGCUCGGCCGCCUCCAAGGGCCGCGGGGGUCCCUCCCCUCAGGAGGCGCUGGCCCGGCUGCGAGAGACAGAGGAGAUGCUCAGCAAGAAGCAGGAGUACCUGGAGACGCGAAUCGAGCGGGAGCUGGCGGUAGCCCGGCAGCACGGCACCAAGAACAAGCGAGCUGCCUUACAAGCACUGAAGAGGAAAAAGAGAUAUGAGAAACAGUUGAAUCAAAUUGAUGGGACACUUUCAACCAUUGAGUUCCAGAGAGAGGCAUUGGAAAAUUCCCACACCAACACAGAAGUGCUCAAGAAUAUGGGUUAUGCUGCACAAGCUAUGAAAAAAGUACAUGAAAAUAUGGAUUUGAACAAAAUCGAUGAUUUGAUGCAAGAUAUCACUGAACAGCAAGAUGUUGCCCAGGAAAUUUCAGAUGCUAUCUCAAACCGAGCCACCUUUGGUGAUGAGUUUGAUGAGGAUGAGUUGAUGGCAGAAUUAGAAGAACUGGAGCAAGAAGAACUGAACAAGGGAAUGAGAGAUGUCAGGUUGCCAAGUGUUCCGUCCACAUCGCUGCCUUCUCGUCCUGCAACGACCAGGAAAAGAGCAGAGGAUGAAGAUGAAAUGAAGAAACUGGCUGCCUGGGCUUCAUAAGAACAUGGUCUUUUUUUACAACACCAAACAUUAUAGUGCAGAAUGUAAAAGAGCUGUACUGCUGUUUUAUAAUCACACUGAUUUAGUGUGGCUGCACUUCAUACAGGCCGGGGGUUUUUACAGCACAUCUUGCUGAGACUAGCAUUACUGCCAUAUUACAAAACUGGCUUAAAAACCAGCAAAGAAAAGAAUUAAGCAGUUGCCUAAACCUUCAGGCAUCUUUUUUCCCCCCAUCCUUGUCAAGAGAUUUGUUUUAUUAUAGGUUUUUAAUAGGUACUAUCUUACUGUAUCCAUUGGUUUGUAAAACCCCUGUGCCUCACUUAUGCUCAAAGCUGGAUUCAUAUUUGAAAUGAGAAAGUUAAGUAAGUCAUCAGGGCCUUAUAACUAGGGGGUUAUUUGGUUCAGACUAUUUAAAUAUUGGCAAAACAGCUUAAUACAUGUCCUCACUUGCAAGUUCUUUGAGCCCAAGAACUAAUAACUAUUCAUUUGGACAUGAAGAUUCAAACAGUCUGCCUGGAGCAACUUACGGUGUCCUAGAUAUUAAGAGGAAACUCUUCUGUAGACAUAUUGAAGUGGGAUGUGUUAUUUGUUUUGUUUUAACUGGCCAAAAUGUCCCAUGCACUUCUAUAGGUCAGCUUGAAUUGUGUUUUGGACUGUUUUGGACUAGGUUGCAGAAUUGCAGUGAUUGAGGAAAGCAAAAUGUCUAGGUUCUUACAGAUUCCUGCCAAACGCAUUAACUCUAUCAAAAAUCCAGAAGAGAUUUGACCUUCCUGUGUUCUUCUCCUCUACCUUGUCAUUCUAGGAUGCGUCUACUUUGUAUGAUAAUACUCAUUCUUAUUGAAGGAAUUAGCAACACAUUUUUAAUUAUACAAUUGCAAAAUAGUUUUAAUUUCUGAGCAUCUGGCUCUUUUCUCUUACUCACUUUGUGAGUAGAAAUAAUACCAGUGUAUUGUAUUUGCAGUGCCUUUUAAAAUCCUGGUUAAAAGUUGAUUCUGGGUUACUUGUAAAGUUGGUGUGUUGCUGUCUGACUGGCAGCAUCUUAGCAUAAGGAGCAAAUGCCACUCUUGAAUGCUGAGCUACUACAUACAUAGAGAAAUUGCUGUUCAAAUACAACCCAAAAAUUAAAUAGGCUGCUUUCUACUAACAAAGCAUUAAAUGAGUCUUAAGCUUUAUGCUAGUAGCUGCUGUCAAUCACAAGAAAAUAGUAAAACACUGUGCAAUUUCUAGGGGUGUAGGUAUCAGAGUCCUUGAUCUAGGUUACUUGUUUUCAAAGGAAUUUAAAUUUGUGAUGACUGAACCACCUGGAGAAUAGUGGUGGACUUAGUUUCUGUAGAUCUUCAGCAACAGAAGACUGACCCCUUCUCCUGCUGGCUUUGGCUGGUGCUCAGCUUUGACUGGGUUCAGUAGCCUUCACUGUAGUGGAUUUUAGGUUAAGUAUAAGGAAAUAUGUGUUUCUAGACAUGACCUGUUCAGAGCCUUUCAAGUUGAGCACCAUGGAUGAAACCUAAAACCGACAAACCCUGUGGAGAGAUUGACUUUUUCAGAACUUUCAUUCUCUGUGGAGGAAUUGCUUUUGGAUUGUAUCUGUAUGAGAGCUGAAUCAAGCCUUGCCAUUUCAAAUAGUUUUCUUACUGAAAAAAAUUGUGUGUUAAUUCCUCUGUACCUCUGUCCUAAAAUUUGGAGGUACCAUAAAAUUGUCCCUUUUUGUUGAGAGUAGAGAAAGUUUGUAAUUAUUUAUGUUUUAAAUACAAAAUAAAGCAGAAAAACAGAAGACAGAACUGCCUUUAAUUUAAACAUACAUCUUGAACUCUCAAGUAGUAGGAAACCAAAUACUAACAAAAUGCUACUUGGUUUUAAUGCUUGCUGAAAUUCAGCAUGAGAUGCUAGCUGAAAGCAGGAAUACUUAGUAAAAUAGCAAACAUUCUAAGUUAUUUCAAAUCCAUUUGCUAACCUUUCUGGCUUGAAUCCUGUGUUCAAGGUGUGCAGUUUAUGCAGGCCUCUGAAUUGAGUGCAGAACAUAUUAGCACACACUGGGUGUGACCAUGCAAGGCUGGCAGUGUGUUGUGGACACUUCUGGUAUUUCUAAAUAUAAGGCUAUGUCACAUAGUCCCAUAGUUAGUUUGGAAAAGCUGGCUUCCAGCCUCCGUUCUUGGUUGAAUUAGUAGUAUAACAAUGCUUGGCUCUUAUAUAGCACCUGGCAUAUUUGAGAUGAUCUACAACCUAAUGGGUCUCUAACCCUCCAUUUUGAAACUAAAGCGACUUUCAGUCUGCUUUGGAAAAUGUGGGCCUGCUGUUUUUGAGUAAGAACUUUCCAUGUGAGCACCCCUCACUGGAGAAAAAAAAAUCCUAUAGAGAAGAUCUCCUUUGCAAACCAGCAUUUCACUGCUGACCUCCAGCAAUGUUUUGGCCAAGUGUUGAUCCUGAAGAAGCUUCAGGUGUGUUCAGUUUACUAAUCUCAGACCAAGCAUUUUAAAAACAAAAAUUUUGAAAGGUGAAGAAA